AUGGAUAAGGCGAAGGUCGAGGCUCUUUUCAUCUAUGAUGUGGAUCUUCCCAAGCCUGAUAAACCAUUGACGGAUGAGGAAAUACAGGCAGAAAAAUUAAUAUAUUAUUACCCGAACGAAACUGACGAAAACGUAAAAGUAUCCCAUACAAGCACCAUGGAGGGAAUCUCAUCAUUUAUUAACAAUUUUAGCAAGUCACAUUUAGAUCAUAUAGUAACAAAUGAUAAUUUAAUAGUUUUAAAUAAAUGGUAUAAAGAUGUGUAUGUCACUAUAAUUGUAAAGAAUAUUUAUAAAAAUUAUAAAAUGGAAGCAUUAAUGUGCAGAAUAUUACAUUCUCUUUUGAAUAACUUCAUUUCCAUAUUUACUUUAUUGCAUGGUCAUAUAAGAAACUUUUUAAAGUAUAAGAAGCACAAGACGCUACAAAAUAUAAACAAAAGGAAGGGGCUACAAACCCUUUUAGAUGACUACGUGUUCACCUAUAUAAACACGAUUAAUAAUGAAAACAUAGGCAUUCAUAAUGAACUGCAAAGUUUUCACUUCUUUCCAGUCGAAAAGCACACGUACGUAACUGUUCAGAAUCUCAUUUCGACUUUGAUAUUAAGUCACAAGCAAAUUAAGAAUGGGAGCUUGUUUUAUGAAGGUCAUUUGAUUUAUUCAAGUUUACCAAUGAACGACAUAAAAACGAUUUACAAUUAUUUAGUAUCUUACAAUGGAAUGGUGAAUAAUUUGAAGUUGAACCAGUAUCCUUUUAAAAAAAUUGCUUCAUCCGCAGCUAUGAAUGCAAAUGGUGGUUUGUCCAGUUUUGCGCGCUGCAACUCGAUUGAAGAGAAAAACGCCUUUCUCCUUGGAAUAAAAAAGUCAUCUGUAUUUAUGCCAAUAAUAACUCUGAGUGGAGAGAAGAAGUAUAAACUAGUUGCAUAUAUUUAUAAGGGUAUCCUCCUGGUGCUACUAAUUAAGGGAAGUACAAUAAGAGAUGAAGAUUUCGACAUUUUAAUUGAUGUUCAGAAUAAAUGCACAAAUGAAAAUUCAAAUAACAUGUGCAAUUUAAUAAAACUAAACGAAAGUUUAUCAAUGCAAUUUAAAAAAUAUUUAAAUGAAGAUGACACUGUUAAAUUUUUUUAUUCGAAUAAUUCCAAUAAUUCUAUUAAAUAUUCUUUUAACAAUAAAAAAAUUAGUAAUGAAGAAUUUUGCCUUAUAGCUGAUUUUCAUUUUUUACUGAACGAGUCAGAAAUAAAAUACAACAGAAUUAAACUCAAUAAAAGUACAUGCAUAAAGAAUAAGGAAAAGUCCAAUUUAUCAAACGAGCUCUUUAAUUUUCAGCAAGGAGUUAAGACAAUCGCACAAAAAAAUUAUAAUCAAGUAAAGAAUAAGCAUAAACCUGAAUAUAAACAAGCAUCACAGGAGUUAAUACCAAGUGAAAAUAAAGGGAUAAGCAAAAAUAAUAAGAAAAAUUUACAUGAACAGUCAGGAGAAGAUAAACUACACAUAAAUCAGGAUAAAGAUGGGCACUUACAACAGGAAAAUACCAAAAAAAAAAUACAUUCAUUAGACGAAAAAACAACAAAGGAUGAUGAUGUAACUAGUAUGAAUAUGCAUAUUGAUAAGUGCACAGAAAUAAAUGAAAAAGAACAAAUGGAUGAUAAAAAUGAUGAUAAAAAUGAUGAUAAAAAUGAUAAUAAAAAUGAUGAUAAAAAUGAUAAUAAAAAUGAUAAUAAAAAUGAUAAUAAAAAUGAUAAUACUCCCUUUACAAUAGAGCAAAAAAAAGAAAUUGUAAAAACGAAUAAUCUCGUACCAGCUGAGAAAAAUAAAACAUGUGCAGACACCAAAGUAGGGAAAAAAAAGUAUAAAUUAAUUUAUAAUGAAGAAUUAAAAAAAAAAUUAUUUGAUGAUACUAGUGAUGAUGUAAAGAUAGAGAAAUUUUUUUUCAAAGAAGCCAAUGCUCCAUGGAUAUUUGGAAAAAAGUCCCUCCAGCGAGAACUUUUUAUUUUCUCUGAUGAUUCGAAAACAUCCCUUUCAAAAGCUCAGCAGGACGUGAAUCAAAUUCUAGACAUGAGUUUUUCCAAUAUAUACAUUUAA